AGGUCUGUUUUUAAUGCUAAAGAUAAAUUUCACCACAAACCUCAAAUUAUUUUUUAAACACCUUGCCAAUAAAUAAAAGCUACUGGCAGCAUUUCACUUGUGUCCCUUGCACACUGCCUAAUUUUACCUCCAGAUUCAGUAGGCUAAAUACAUGCGUACAGUGGCUUGCAAUGGACAACAUUGAGAAUAAAAAUUGAUAAUCUUCAAGGAAGAGUAAUUUGAAUGAAAUUGCAGUUGAAAAGCAAUCUCAAAGCAAACUAGGGAGUGAGGGGGUCUGUAAACUAAGCUCUGAGGGCUUGCCUAAGCAACUGCUGUUGUAGCUUCCAGGGAAAACAAGAUUUUAAAUAUCUUACUGAGGGCUUUGUUAAAUUUUGUGUAGCAGCUUCAAGUCAAGAGAAGCAACAAUGGAAGAGAAUAUGGAAGAAGGACAGACACAAAAAGGGUGUUUUGAGUGCUGCAUUAAAUGCCUGGGUGGCAUUCCUUAUGCAUCCCUGAUUGCUACCAUCUUGCUUUAUGCUGGGGUGGCACUCUUCUGUGGCUGCGGACAUGAAGCACUCUCUGGAACGGUCACCAUUCUGCACAACUACUUUGAGGUGGCAAGAUCUGCUGAGGACACCUUAGAUGUCUUUGCAAUGAUUGAUAUCUUCAAGUAUGUCAUCUAUGGUGUGGCAGCAGCUUUCUUUGUUUAUGGGAUUCUGCUUAUGGUGGAGGGAUUCUUCACAACAGGUGCCAUUAGAGAUCUCUAUGGAGACUUCAAAAUUACCACAUGUGGCAGAUGUGUUAGCUGCUGGUUCAUCAUGCUGACAUACAUCUUUAUGCUGGCCUGGCUUGGUGUCACAGCUUUCACCUCUCUGCCAGUCUUCAUGUACUUCAAUAUCUGGACAAUUUGCCAGAAUACCACUAUUGCUGAAGUUGCCAACCUGUGUUUGGAUCUCCGUCAGUUUGGAAUUGUAACUAUUGAAGAGGAAAAGAAGAUCUGCACAGGUUCGGAGAAUUUCUACAAGAUGUGUGAAUCAAAUGAGCUCGACCUGACAUUCCAUUUGUUUAUUGUUGCACUUGCUGGAGCCGGAGCAGCAGUCAUUGCUAUGAUCCACUACCUAAUGGUCCUCUCUGCCAACUGGGCUUAUGUGAAAGAUGCAUGCAGAAUGCAAAAAUAUGAGGAUAUCAAAUCAAAGGAAGAACAAGAGCUUCAUGACAUCCACUCCACUCGCUCAAAAGAGCGACUCAAUGCAUACACAUAAAACAGACACUUUUUCUUAAGUUCCUGCUGUUUUUUUCUUUGGGGUGGGGGUGGGGGUGGGGGGUUGAACCAUUGUAAGGGUUUUGCCACAUAAACAUGGUCUUGGGGGACAUUAACCCAACUACGUUUUUGAGGAUAUCCCUUUACCUUUAUUUGGCGGUUAUUUUUGUAUUUUAAAUUGAGAUCAGUUUCGUUUUUUUUUUUAAUUUAGUAAGUAGUAAGUUUAUCUUAAUUCUGUUUUUAAGUUUUCAUUGCUUUACCAUUUAACAUUCAAUGUCACUGUAUUUAUUUUAGGAGGGGUGGGGGCUCCAUCACUUUUUUCACCACAUUUUUUUCUUCAACACUCAUUUUAGAGGGCUUCAGAUAAAAAUGGCUUGUCGUUUUAAAUUACCAGACAGUCCGACAUUUACCAGAAAUACAUAGAUUUGUAUCAACUAGUGCCAGUUUUUGACAAUAAAAGUGUUGCACCACAGUACAGUAUGAAGAAUAUGUAGCUUCUCCUCCAGCCAAUAUAACCUGAUCAUUUCACAAAAUGCCAUAGCUUUACCAAUAUAUUUGAAGGACUGGUUAGUUAAGCCAGCUGUGUCAAGUGUUAACUGAUUUCAGCAUUGCUGUAAGGAACUGAACAAAUCAUAACCCAUCAGAAAGAUGAUAAAGAUGCUGAGUUGAUACUUGCAACAAUUUGGAUAUGUUUUAAUGGAUGAGCCUUUUGGACAGACUCUGUAGUUGAUUGCAUUUGUUUUAGUUCAUUGCAAGCCAUAAUUACGCAUGCAAACCUUUUUUUUAUACAUUUGUUUCUAUCUGAAGCCAGUAUUUUUAAAUGCAUGCACUCAUGUGGGGUAGUUUUAUUUUGAAUUUUUUGGUUAACUCCAUUGGAUCUUACUGCAGAAAACAUACUUAUCCCAAUUAUUUAUGUUACUGUGAUGCUUGUGAAAAACAUAUUGAUCUCGGUUUAAAACAAAUAUUAAACCAAGCCAACACAGAGAAUACGUGAAUAUCCCAGUUAAAGGAAAAAAAAAAAACAGUUUCAAGGAGAAUGAAUUAUGUUGACCUACUAUCUUGUUAAUUUACAUCUCAGGCUGAGAGAAGGAUUUUAAUUAGCAAGACAGGGUAGUCUAAACUAAUGCGUCCUGAGAGAUUGGGUUUUACAAUAGUAUGCCCCAAGGAGAUGUCACAAUCGAACCUUUUUGUUUUAUGUAUUGUACCAGUUGUCCGUAAUGUUAAUUGCUAAUUUGACUAAAACUGUAUGAACUUGACUGGUAGCAGAGAAUUAAUGGUGUAGCUGAAGUGUAGCUAGAAUUCUGAAUCUUAAUACCUAAUAAAAAAAAAAAACCCUGUUUCCCUUUCUUUAAGAAUCUCCAUGGGGUAUAAAGAUGUUUGUUGAAUUGUUUAAUAGAAGACAUCAAAUGUCACAAAUAAAAUGUUAUCUUUAAUUCUGGACCAGACUUGGUGUUUUGGAUCUGUCUUGCUUAUUUAUACUGCUCUUGGUUUUGCAGUAUGUUUUUCAUAAUUUUGUAGCCUGACAAUUCUUGUUUUGUCAGUGUUUCAAAAGCUAGUUUUGUGCACUUAUUGAAUCAUUGUGAGCUCUUUAUUGGUGUAAGUGCAUUUCUAUUAAAACCAGUGUUAAUCUCUGUAUUGUUACUAGUCAUCUAACAUUGGUUUUUAACAAAUCUUGUAUUAGGUAAAUGCUGUGACUAUAGCUGUUAUUUGUGGCAUGGUUAUGCAUUAAAUGGUAAUAGUUUACUGAUUCAAAAGUAUUUUUUUUACACUUAAACUGUCUUGCUGGGUCAAGUGUUGUAUGAUAUGUGAAGUAUUGCAGUUCCUUCGCUAACAGUAUUAUGCUAAAUCUCUUUCUGAUAUUAUUAGGUUGUAGUGUUUGAUUUGUUUCUUUAUAGCUUAUAAAACCAUGUCUUAUAUUGAUAACUGUAAUGAUGUUAACUAUUCAAUAUUAACAUGAUGAUGCUUUUGGCUUAUCCUUGUAUUAGUCUUUUGUACUUUCACAAAGAAUGCUUUGUAGCAGGCUGUAAAAUUAAUUUGUUUUGUACAUAAAUGUGCCAACAGCUUGAUGGUUGCUUUUUUUGAACUGUAGGAACAAAUUGCUUGCAUAAAUAAAAUACACUUGUGUA